UCUAAAAGUCUCCUCCCCGCAACCACUAGAUUCGGCGAGCCGAACCCGCUCUCUUUCAGUCCGUAUUAUAACUUCUUCCCACGGACCUACUCCUACCUCGUUGGGUACCGAGAGACAGUUUGGAAUACUAUCAUCACGGAUUGAGUACGAUUUUAUCCGGAUGACGACUCCAUCAACAAGAAUUUUGUAAAAGAAAACUGGUCGGAAAUUUCAGAAUAUGUGGACGGGACCUUAAUCAGCAUCCUGGAAGUGGAAAGCACUGAAGCGCUGUGUCCCACACCGCAGACAGGUGCAGUGUGUAGCCGGAGCAGCACAGAGGGAGGAAGCUCUGGGGAGGAGGCGGUGCAGCAGCGCACCCCUCCGGCUGUGAAUGUGCUGGGUGACAACCCCCAGGCUGCGCAAAAUGUGGCCGCUGCGCCUCUCCCACCACUGGAUAACACGACCACGUCACACCCUGAAAGACACGGACGCGUCAGUGAAAAUAACACACCCACAGAGACUCACCCCAACGACAACACUAAGGACAGCCUUGAAAGAGGGGCAAUGUCAGAUAGUGGUGGUGGAGGAAGAUUGGGCCCGUUGCACCCCAAGGACCCUAGUCUCUCUACAAAGUCCCAUUCAGACAGACUCUCUGACACACAGACAGACGGAACAGCGCAAUAUUCGCAUUAUGUGUCACAAACUGAUAACAGCAGCCACACAGACAGACAAACGAGCGGUACAGAGUGGAGUGCUGCUGGACCAGGCCAGGACCAGGCUCUGCAUCAGAGAGUUGCAGGUGGACUGGUGGGCGUCAGUGGGACAGAAAGGGGCCAGCCUCUCCCAGAGAAAUUGGAAUAUAAACAAGAGACUGGAAUGGAGGAACUUAGCAGGGAACACCCAGCUAGAAACCUUUCCUCUGAAUCCUUCUCAACAGCCUCCCCUCUUCCCCUCAGCCCAAAUACAGAUAAAGUCCCAGACCACACAGAAGACGGAGGGAUGGAGCAGCCUCAAACAACUCUGCCUACUCAGGCGAAUCAGGCCAGCCACAGACCUCUAUCUGAGGUUAAAGAGCAAGCAGYCAUUCUUCAAAAUUCUGAGCAGCCCAUCACUGACAACUGUGAGAGGAAACAAACCGACAUCUCCACAGAACCUAAAAUCACCAUGCAGAACUCGAAUGACGACAAAGGAGAGAUGCCGGGAGCUAAUGCUGUGGAGCAGGGACCACAAGAACCUGAAAGACCUACAGAACCAUCUGAGAGUGGACAUGUCACACUUGGGAGUUCACACACACAAACGCCACUCCCAGCCCCACCAACUGACGUAUCUGGGACCCCACAGCCAGGAGCUAAAUACUCUGGACUUGUACCCUACACGCCUCCUGGCAGUGGAAAUUCCACCCCAAGCUACUCAACUGACCGACAGAGUGAGAGCGAUAACGAAAAAAGUCCACCUCAACAGAAGGAACAGAUUGAGAKUAACGGGGCAGAGGAGGAGACUGAAAUGGCCGAGCCCUCGCCCAACCUUACAAUCCAGUCACAAAGCUCUUUUCUACACGAGACGUCAACAACAGCAACAACCCCUCAUGUCCACCACCUCCCCAGUUUAGAACUGGACUCAAUGCAGACAGAACAAUCUGUUGAAGUUCAGAUGUCUAAUCCUGAGCACGUAACCAGGAUGGAGACUCCACUGGUGUCUGAGCAUGUCCUCUCAACUGACACUCAAGGAGCUGUGAUGCUUGGAGGAGAGACCAGCCUGGAGUUGUGUGAGGAGGUGCAGGUUAAUCAGUGUAUCCUCCUGGAAGAACACAAUGUUAUUGAAUUAAACUCUGAACUUUCUUCUGGAGAAACAAAGUCGUUUAUUGAAGGGACCCAUUCGGAUAUUGAAAUGUCCCAACUGGCUGCUGGAGAAUUUGAGAUUUAUAGCUUUGCAGAGGAGGAGAUUGCAACAGAAGUUGUUGGAGAGAGACUGUCUCUCUCCCCAAGCUAUGAAGUAAACUUAUUCACCCCACUCAUUGAACACUCUGAGAAUUGUACAGCCAGUGAGGGACAAGACAUACACCUGCCAUCUCCCCCUCAAACGGGUAGUGACAAUGAUCAAGCCAUUCUCCAGCAAGGCCCCCUUUCAUCAGAUCACGGUCUCUCAGAAAUGGAAGUCUGUUCAAAUUACUAUAUUCCUAGUCUCUCUACACAAGAUGUAGAGAUGACUGAUGAAAGACAUCAUUUUGAACCCGAAAACACAACUACUGAAGCGGACACUGCUGUGGUGGAAGAUUCAAGUGAGGUUGAUUUAGUCAUAACUGUCCCAGGAUCAGAUAAAACAGUUGGACAGGCGAACACUUGUACACAAGCUACAGCACCUUGUAUGGAGACCAGCACAGCUGUCUCAGACCAUAGAGGGGUGAGCGUUUCCCCAACCACCCAUCUGAGUGACACCCAAAAGCUGCCAGGGGAAACUGAAGUAGGGUCAACGACCAGUAAGUCUUCUCUUGUCUCCCCAAUGGACGAAUUAACAGAGGUUGUUGUACAGUCAACCAGUCAACACAGUAUUGAGGUCCUCUCCUCGCCAAUUACCAUACACUUGUCAGAGAGUAAAGGGCAGAAUUGUCCUCUAAAAGAGGUACCAGGAGUUACCUUACGAAGUACUACAGAACCAGAGUCCUGUGUUUCUUCUCAUGAAGGGCCUGAAGAUCCACAGCCCUGUCCAACUCUGACAGAAACCCCAGUGCAGACCCAGCAGGAUGUUGAUCGUGCUGUUAAUGUGACAUCAACAACCGAGGUCAAACCGGAGGCUUCCCGGUCCGCGCUCUCCUCUGGCGUCAUCGACCCAAAGCUCCUCCUAUUAAAGCGCGGGGACACCCCUCUCCUCAAACAUCCACCCUCCUUAUUGUUGGGGUUGUGCGUGCAGCAAAGCAACAGCUUGACACAUCCUAGCGCUAGAAGCCCCAGCUGUGGCUCAGACGAGGCGCCUGUGGUAGAGUGCCCUCCCAAAGCUGUGGCAGCCGCAGUCUCUGUGCAGGAGCCUGUGGCUCUCUGCAUUCAUAGAGGCCAGACAGAGCCCUCCGUCAAGAGAGAACCCACAGCAGCACUUCCCUCUACAAACACCCCAACACAGCCCCGUCUGCUCCCUCCCUCUGGUCCCACGCCAUGCAAAUCUGACAGAGGGGCCUUAACUUCGAUCAAAACUUCCAUGGGGAAAGCAGUGACAGUUUCCCAAACCUUAAACCCUCCCACCAUUGGCAACACACCUUCCAAGCGCCCCUCUGACCCCAAGUUGCCCUCAACAUCAGGCAAUGUGACGAGGAGUAGUCUCUCCAUUUCCUCCUGUGAUGGGAGCCAGUCUGGACCGCUCCCCGUUAUCCGGCCACGGCUAGCUGGUGUGAAGGGCCCAGGGAUCAGCAGCGCCAAGGAGGAGAGCAGUGAUGGGGAGGCUGACCUGGCAGUGGAGGCCAAGCCUGGCCGCAGGAGCAUGGUCACCCACAGCCCAGCAGAGAGCAAGCAUGAGCAGAGACAGAGCAGGCCAGACAGAAAGGCCCUUUUCUCAAAGGUACGCCAGUGGAUAGCAGACAGGGUCACUCCAAGUUCGUCUCCCUUCUCGCCCUGUUCUUCACCCCCCUCUCCUAGCCCAUCUUCCUCCAGUGACUGGACUCCCAGCACUACUCCCCUCGCUCUCCGAGGUCCCCGGGGUAGGUUCCUCUCCCCGCCCUCUAUGGGCCUGGGAGGUUCCUCCCCAUCGGACCCGGUCACUCCCUAUCGACCCCGCAUGGAGCGUCACGCGGACAUGGCCGAACUGGCCAAACACGAAGCUGAGAUAGAGGGCAGGACCCUAGCGUUGAAGAGAGAAGGCUUCUGGUCUAUAAAGCGACUGACCCGUCUGACGGAGCCGAUCCGGCCCAAGGUGCACUGGGACUACCUGUGUGAGGAGAUGCAGUGGCUCUCUGCUGACUUUGCCCAGGAGAGAAGGUGGAAGAGAGGGGUCGCCAGGAAGGUGGUGCGGAUGGUGAUGCGACACCACGAGGAGCUAAGGCAGAAGGAGGAGAAGGCCAAGCGGGAKGAGCACGCCAAAAUCAGACGAGUCGCCUCCAACGUAGCCAAGGAGGUCCGGGCCUUCUGGGGCAGUGUUGAGAAGGUGGUGCAGUACAAGCAGCAGUCCCGGUUGGAGGAGAAGAGGAAGAAGGCUCUGGACCUCCAGCUGGACUUCAUCGUGGGCCAGACAGAGAAAUACUCCGACCUCCUCAGUCAGGCCCUGGAAACGGCACCGGCUGGGAACAGUGAACCUGCACCCUCGCCACCCAAAAAAUCCCUUCCACCUGCUGUGGAUGAGGAUGACCGAGACUUUGAGCCUCCGUGUGGCGAGGAGGAAGAUGACGAGGAGACCAUCGACGUGGAGGAGGCGCAGGACGGCAAUGAUGCCGAGACCCAGAGGAGGGAGAUGGAGCUGCUGAGACAGGAGGGGACCAUGUCCUUGGCAGAGUUGCUCAGCACCCUCAAACGGCCUCAUUCACAGGACUCGGAAGAGGAGUGCUCAGGCAAUUCGUCAACAACAGUGGAGGAAGAUGAAGAGUUCACAGCCAACGAAGAGGAUGCUGAAGACGAGGAGGACACCAUCGCAGCCCAGGAGGUAGUGGAGGGGGAAGCUGAUCACACAGGAGAGCUUGAUGACUUGGCUAAAGAAGGUGACAUGACCGUGGAGGAGCUGCUGGAGAAGUACAAAGGAGCGUAUGCCUCUGAUUUCGAGGAGCCCUCGGCGUCCGCCUCUCCUGCCAGCACAGAGGAGUCGGAAAAUUCCGGAGACGAGGAAGAGGAGAGCGAGGAAGAAGAAAGUGAUGUGGAGAGCAACACCACCUCCUCAGAUGAUGAGGACAGUGAAGAGGACGAGGUCAGUGACAUUGAGGAAGAGGACAGUGAGGAAGAUGAGUGCGGUGAGGGGAUGGAGAUCCUGCUGAAGGAGGGYGACCACAGCCCCCCUCUGCCAACCGGCCCACGGCCCAAGAAGGAGAUCAGCCACAUUGCUGCUACUGCAGAGAGCCUCCAGCCCAAAGGCUACACCCUGGCCACAACCAAGGUCAAAACUCCCAUUCCCUUCCUGUUGGUGGGCCAGCUGCGUGAGUACCAGCACAUCGGCCUGGACUGGCUGGUCACCAUGUACGAGAAGAAGCUCAACGGCAUCCUGGCUGACGAGAUGGGCCUUGGGAAGACCAUCCAGACCAUCGCCCUGCUGGCUCACCUCGCCUGUGAAAAGAGUAACUGGGGGCCCCAUCUGAUCAUCGUGCCAACCAGUGUGAUGCUGAAUUGGGAGAUGGAGCUGAAGCGCUGGUGUCCCGGAUUCAAAAUCCUCACUUACUAUGGCAGUCAGAAGGAGAGGAAACUCAAGAGACAGGGUUGGACCAAGCCCAACGCUUUCCACGUGUGCAUCACCUCCUACAAGUUGGUGCUGCAGGACCACCAGGCCUUCCGACGCAAGUCCUGGCGCUACCUCAUCCUGGACGAGGCCCAGAACAUCAAGAACUUCAAGUCCCAGCGCUGGCAGAGCCUGCUCAACUUCAACAGUCAGAGGCGCCUGCUGCUGACAGGCACCCCACUGCAGAACAGCCUGAUGGAGCUGUGGUCCCUGAUGCACUUCCUCAUGCCCCACGUCUUCCAGUCCCACCGAGAGUUCAAGGAGUGGUUCUCCAACCCCCUCACCGGUAUGAUCGAGGGUAGCCAGGAAUACAACGAGGGCCUGGUCAAGAGGUUACAUAAGGUGCUCAGACCGUUUCUGUUGAGGAGAAUCAAGGUGGAUGUGGAGAAGCAGAUGCCUAAGAAAUAUGAGCAUGUGGUGCGCUGCCGUUUGUCCAAGAGGCAGCGCUUCCUCUACGAUGACUUCAUGGCACAGGCCUCGACCCGGGAAACGCUGGCUAGUGGUCACUUCAUGUCUGUGAUCAACAUCUUGAUGCAGCUCCGUAAAGUGUGUAACCACCCCAACCUGUUUGACCCUCGGCCCAUUCACUCCCCCUUCAUCACCAAGCCUAUCGUCUUCCACACUGCCUCCCUGGUACAGCGAGCCCUGGACGUCUCCCCAUUCAAGCGCUGCGACCUGUCCAUGUUUGACUUGGUGGGUCUGGAGGCCAACGUGUCCAGGUACCAGGCCGACGUGUUUCUGCCUUCCAGGAAGGUCACCCGUCAGCUGAUCCAGGAGGUCAUGGAGUCUCCCGACACCCCUCCCCGUCCCAAACCCGUCCGCAUGAAGGUCAACAGGAUGUUCCAGCCCUUACCUAAGGCUGAUGGUCGCACGGUGCUGGUGGUGAACAAACCCCGACCCACCUGUCCUGUCACCCCUGCUGCUCAGGCCUCAAGGACCCCUCUCAUCCAGGAUGUGACCCCAACCCCUACACCGCCAGUCCAACAAACAGUGUGUUCAGUUGCACCCACAGCCCCUCCUCGCCCGCCCUUGCACACCAGUGGCCCCUCUGUCAUGAGGUCCGGCUCCCCAAUGCCAGUCCUGGCCGUACGCCCGCCCACCACCUCCUGCAACCCCGCCACCCAUCUCACCCAUCCUCCCAGCAACGUUUUGACCCAACGGGUUUUGCUCAGCCCAGACAUGCAGGCCCGGCUUCCCUCUGGGGAGGUAGUGAGUAUCGCCCAACUGGCCUCAUUGGCCGGGCGUCCUGUGUCAUCGUGCCAGGGCAGUAAGCCUGUCACCUUCCAGCUGCAGGGCAACAAGCUCACCCUGUCUGGAACCCAGCUCCACCAGGUUCCCAUGGCACCUCCACGCCCAGUACAAGGUAACGUCAUGCAUCUGGUGACCAGCGGAGGGCAGCACCACCUCAUCAGCCAGCCAGCCCAAGUAGCAGUUUUCAGUUCAGCCAAUACCCACGCUGUCCCCACCUCUCCUGUACCCUCGGGAAUCCAGCUGCCUUGCAAUUCUUCUCAAGUGCCCUCCUCCGUGGUGACCAGCUCUGGGAUUGUGAAGAUUGUGGUACGCCAGUCAAGCAAGGAAGGAGGGGGUGUACCCACCCUGGCAGUGCCCCCUUCUCCUCGCGUAGCCCCCCAGGCGUCAACCUCCAUGCACCAUCAUGCCAAUACUGCCGUGAGAACUCCUGCCCCCCAGCAAACCGCCCAUCGCCACCCCGGACCCACCACUGCUCAAUACACCCUGGCCCCCCCUAGAACCCCUACUUCAGUCACAAUUAGAACCUGUACCCCAGCCCCCCCUCGAAUCCCUGCCCCAGCCCCUCCUCGAACCCCUGCCCCCCCCCGUAAUCCUACCUCAGCCCCCAGUCAGUCCCAGCCCCCUCGCCCAGUGCUGAAGGUAGUAACGGGACCAGCAGAAACCAGCACAGAACAGAAAGCGCGUGUGAAUUCUACAUUGACACGUGAGGAGAGCAGCGACACCAAAUCAGCCGUUCCUAAAUCAGGGUCCCAUGUUGGUGGAUUUGUCCCCCCUCGACCUCGGGCACAACCUCGCCCACCUCCUCGCUCCCCCUUCUACAUGGCAUGGCUGGCAGACAGCCGCAAGACGCAGCGAGACAGCCGCCUGACCCAGAUCAUCCGGAUCAACGACCUGCACUGCAGCGCCAAGCCUGUAUUUGGCCAUGAGGUGCUGGACUUCCUCACCUUCCUCCCGGGCUCCUGCCCUGCUCCGGCCCCCAGGGCCCUGGGUCAGUGGGGUCGCUCGGGCCACGCCGCCUGCCUGUUCGCCCAGUCCCACAGCACUACGGACUACUGGGACCAGAGCCGCGCCCUGAGGGAGGGCAUCUACACCACCGAGGACAGGCUGCAGCUGCUCAAAGAUGUGAUCGAACGGUUUACGUUUGUGAUCCCGCCGGUGGAGGCACCGGCCAUCACCAUGCACAGCUGCCACCCCCCUCCGUCUCUGAGCCACCAGCAGGCCGUGUUCACCUCGCUGCUCUCCUCCCAGGUGGCCCCGCUCGCACGCAGUCUGCACCGCAUCCAGUGCAACAUGAGGACCCACUUCCCUGACCUGAGGCUCAUCCAGUACGACUGCGGUAAGCUGCAGACGCUCCACACCCUGCUGCGUCGGCUGAAGGAGGGCCAACAUCGCGUUCUCAUCUUCACCCAGAUGACCCGCAUGCUGGACGUGCUGGAGCAGUUCCUCAACUACCACGGACACAUCUACCUCCGCCUGGACGGCAGCACCCGCGUCGAGCAGAGACAAUCCCUGAUGGAUCGCUUCAACGCYGACCGCCGCAUCUUCUGCUUCAUCCUGUCCACGCGCAGCGGCGGCGUGGGGGUGAACCUGACAGGCGCCGACACGGUGGUGUUCUACGACAGUGACUGGAACCCCACCAUGGACGCCCAGGCCCAGGACCGCUGCCACCGCAUCGGACAGACCCGCGACGUCCACAUCUACAGGCUGAUCAGUGAGCGCACGGUGGAGGAGAACAUCCUGAAGAAGGCCAACCAGAAGAGGAUGCUGGGAGACAUGGCGAUCGAAGGAGGCAACUUCACCACCGCUUUCUUCAAACAGCAAACCAUCAGGGACCUGUUUGACGUGAAUGAGGGGGAGAAGAAGGAGGUGACCCCAGAGCCGUCUGUGCCCCAACCAGAAGAGGAAGAGACGGGCAACAAACAGAACACCACCAUCCUGGAGCAGGCCCUUUGUCGUGCCGAGGACGAGGAGGACAUAGUGGCUGCCUCCCAAGCCAAAGCAGAGCAGGUAGCUGAACUGGCAGAGUUCAACGAGGCCAUCCCAUUGGACGAGGCUGGCGAAGGGAGGGACCCGGAAGAGGAGGAGCUCUCCAAGGCAGAGCAGGAGAUAGCGGCUCUUGUGGAGCAGCUCACUCCUAUAGAGCGCUAUGCUAUGAAUUUCCUGGAGGCUUCACUGGAGGAUGUGUGCAAGGAGGAGUUAAAGCAAGCAGAGGAGCAGGUGGAGGCUGCCAGGAAGGGGCUGGACCAGGCCAAGGAGGAGGGCCUGAAGCUGCAUGCAGGCUCCUCGGACAACGACGACGAGGACUUCUCAUCACAGCCAGCGGAGGAGCCCUCGCCGCCCGGCCGUCGCCCACGCAAACACAAAGAGAAAGGCGCCCCCUCCACCAGGACCAGCGGCAGGCUCCGAGGGACCACGGCCUCCCCACCGCCCACUUCCCCAGAGCCAGAGUCCGAUUCCCCCACCCCCAGAGAAGUGCCUGAAAGGCUCCGCUCAGCUCUGAGAGGACGAGGGGGGACCAAAGACACUACCACCACACCGGCCCGCACAGAGCACCCCAGGGCCCACACCUCCUCAUCAAAGGAAUCUGCCAAACCUGCAUCCACAACCCCGGCCUCUCCUUCUAGAGACUCCAGCCUCAAAUCCGGGUCGGCAGCGCCACUUCUCCGGACCCAGUCCCACUCCAGUUCAGUGCCUUCCACUGCCACCAGUCCUCUAGCUAUGAAACCACUGACACUACCAGGGGAGUCACACACCAGGUCACCCAGCGGGGAGAGGGCAGUGUGUAUCACCUCAGAGUCCACGUGUCCGGUGGACCACCAGUCAUACUCUGCCCAGGCCAGGGACUACGACAUUAGGGACCAGGAGUCCCUGUCUCCCAACUCUGUGUGCCCUCUCUCCCGGUCGCCACGCAAGCGCCAGUCGGCUGACGGGGAGGUCCUGCUAGGCCUUCCGGAACAUUCCCCGUCGGCCAAGGUCCUGCGGAAGCUCCCUGGUCGCCUGGUGACYGUGGUGGAGGACAAGGAGCCCAGGAAGAGGAGGAGGAGAGGCAGCGGGACAGGAGGAGGCUCAUCAGAGGAGACGGAGAACGCUGAGUCAGGCCGAGGCUCAGACGAGCCAAGCAGAGACUCCCAAACCCCUUACAAAACCAGCCAGACACCCGAAGAGAAAGGAACUGCUUCAAAAUACUCAACGACCACCAAACUCACAGAGGACCAAGAAUCCCCCUCAACACACACCUAUCCUGCCAGAAGCUACCUCCCUUACUCCCCGCCCCACCAAUCCCCUGACAUGCCGGUGCUGAGGAACCUGCCGGUGCGGCAGCGGCUGGAGAGCGAGUCUCGCGUGGCGGCGCAGUUAGGAGAGCUGGGCCGAGGGAGGGGAGGGAACUACCACAGGAAAAUGGACAAUCAGCCAAGAAAAGACGGAAACUUGUCCUCAGUCGCUAAUGUUGCGAACUCGACCCCACCAGUGAAACGAAAGAGGGGCCGACCCCCCAAAACUCCCCUCAGGUUGGCGGUAUCCCAGCCAGAGUAUGUAUCUCCUCCCCAGCCCACCUCAGCAAGCCCCGCUCUCUCCCCAAAACGCAAGCGGGGUCGUCCCCGCAAGGACUCGACAACUGUAAAGAAUGCUGUGGGUGCAGGACAUAACUCAACCGCCUGCACCACCAGCCGACCUGGUUCCCUGUCUGACGCUGUUGACACAGAGCCACUACUCCCGUCUGCUGUGGCCUCCUCUGCUAUCUGCACCAGCCAAGACUCUCUGUCUACCAAAGCUGAGGACUCUACCGCAACAUUAAAACCAAACACUAAGACUGAGGUCCUUACCACAACCCCAACUGCUAUCCUGGCACUAAGCCCAGCUCAAGUUCUUACCACAACCGCUAUUCCUGCGCCAAGCCGAACUCGAGUUCCCAUCUCAAUUCCYAUCUCUGUCUCCACCUCAAGCUCAACCGAUGUCCCUGCCUCAAGCUCAACAACCAUCUCCACCUCGGUUCCAAUUUUAGUCCCUGCCACAAGCUCACCCACAGUCCCUGCCUUAAACUCAACCUCUGUUCCUGCUUCAAGCUCAUCCACAGUUUCCACCCCAAGCUUACCCACAGUAUCCACAUCGAGGCCGCCCUUUAGCCCUUCCUCAAGGUCAACCUCUGGUCUCAUUCGAAUUCCAACUGCAGUCCUCACCUCAACACUUGCCCAGUUCCUCACCUCAAGACCUAGAGUCUCCACUUCUCCACCAAUCUCCACAACUACCACACAAAUCGUCACCCCUACCCCCAACAAGAMCUCCACUCCUCCCCUUGCCCAAAUCUCUAUCCCUACUCCAGCUCAAAUCUCCAAAAUGGCCACAUCAGCCUCUACUCCAACCGUCACCCCCACUCCAGACCCUACACCAACACUCACAAAUGUCAAACCAACCCCUACUCCUGGCCCUACCACAAUUGUUGCAACCAAUGUACCAACACUUAGAAAACUCACCUCAAUUGCAAAUCUGACCACCAUUUCCACACCAGCCCCAAGUAUAAUAGCCACCACCGUCACAUCAGCCCGAACCACAGCCAUCACAGCAGUUACUGCAACAACCUCCAUACCAACUUCUACCAAAAUCACCAUCACAACCCCCACACCAGCCCCUACAACAACCACCACACUAACCUCUACACCAGCCCCUACCACAACUGUCACCACCGUUACACCAGCCCCUACCACAACUGUCACCACCGUUACACCAGCCCCUACCACAACUGUCACCACCGUUACACCGCCGCCUACCACAACUGUCACCACCGUUAACACCAGCCCUACCACAACUGUCACCACCGUUACACCACAGCCCCUCCACAACUGUCACCACCCCCCUGCCACAACUGUCACCACCGUUACACCAGCCCCUGCCACAACUGUCACCACCGUUACACCAGCCCCUGCCACAACUGUCACCACGUUACCCAGCCCCUACCACAACUGUCACCACCGUUACACCAGCCCUACCACAACUGUCACCACCGUUACAACCAGCCCUACCACAACUGUCACCACCGCUACACCAGCCCCUACCACAACUGUCACCACCGUUACACCAGCCCCUACCACAACUGUCACCACCGCUACACCGCCCCCACCCAGAACUGUCCACCAGCGCUACACAACGCCCACCCAGAACUGCCACCACUGCUACUGCAGCCGCUGCCACAAGCAUCACAUCAACUCCUACCCCAAUCUCUACCCCAACCCCCACUGA